UGAAGACUGAAUUGCGAGUGCGAACAAACCCUAAAUUGGUGCAGCUGUAGCUUUCUCCGACCAAAUGUUCAUAGUUUGCUCUCUCGAGCUCUUCUGCUUCAGCGUUCAGCCACGGCGCGACUAUGAGCAGUUCCGAUCGCAGUGAUGGAGAGCAAUCUUCCAUUGUAACUCUCGCAGCGCUGGGCAUAAUGGGAUAUCAUAAAAACAAGAAAUGAUAUAUAGUUGCCUCCGGUAGAAACUAGAAAGCUAUGAAUGACAACAGCAGUAGCUGCGAGUUGGGGAAGAAUGGAAAAAGGGGUCGGCUUGAAGGAGAGGAUUCUGCUACUACUGCUACUGACAAACGCUAAGAAGGCGCCCCAUACUUAAAUUAACCGAGUUUGAGCUAUACCCAAAUUGUCAUACAAAAGCCAGAACGACAGACCGGGGUCCGUAGGCUCAAAAUCAGAUCUCCGUAGCUUUCUAGCCAUCCUCGUAUUAUUCCAUCUUCCAGCCUUACGCGUCCGCCGUCCGACUACGGCCAGUUUCCAUAGGCAGCUGUGGAGAUGAUCAAUCGCAAAUCUCUUGGCGGCGCGGCAUCCAGCACCAAGGCUCUCUGAAAAAAAUCGAAAAAAAGGUGGAUUAGUAGCGCCUCUUGUUCCCCUUGUCGUUGCGAUCUUCUCGCUCUCACCAUAGCUUUGGGAAAUUUUCUGUAGUUUGACACCAGUACCAGCACAGGCCUAUGAGCAGCAGCUGCAAGUUAGGGGAAACAGCUGGGAAAAAUGCGUCUUCAAGAAGAAGAUGAUACUUCUACUGCUAAUGACAGGUUAAGCCACCUUCCAGAACCCAUUCUCCAUCACAUUCUUUCAUUUCUAGACACCAAAUCCGCCGUUCAAACCUCUGUAUUGUCCCCUGCGUGGAGAUGCACUUGGAGACAUGUCCCUGUCCUCGAUUUCGUUAGCCUUUUGUUCCAGGAAUAUUCGAGUUUCGUAAGCUUUGUGGACAAGGUUUUGUCUCUUCGAUAUCCCCUCAAUCUCUGUAAGGUCAGCUUCAUCGACAAAGUGGUUCUGAAUGAUGAAGAACUUAAUAAGCAUUGGAGGUUCCCGAGGGUUGUAGAAUAUGCCCUCGCCCAUAAUGCUCAACAUUUGGUGGUUGUUGUGGACAAGCCUUGGUCGAUCCACGAAACUUGUUUGGUUAGGUCUGAGUUGAAUUGCAACCUCAAGACCCUAGAAUUAACAUAUGCAUUCCUCGACCGCGUUGGAUUUGGAUCUUCUGUUUUUCAGUCGAUGACAACUCUGCAUUUGCACGUUUGCUUUCUGCAUUCUGAGGAGGGUCUCGUAUGUGUUCCUAACUUUCCUUCUCUGGAGAAUUUGGUCUUGAGUGCCUGCCGAGGCCCCAUUCUUCGUCCAGACCAUCAGAGUAUAAAGAUAUCCGGGGACCGCUUGCUCAGCUUGAAACUAACAGGAUGCUUUUUUACCAAGAUUGAUGUAUCUGCACCAUGUCUGAAAUUCUUCACUCUUGACGAUGCAAUGGUCCCUCUUGGGUUCUCAGAGUUGAACCUUCCGUCACUCGAUUAUGCUGAUAUUCGGAUGAACAGAACUGCGGACCUAUAUUUAGUUGCCUUGUUCUUUGGUUUGCACAAUGCAAAAUCUCUGACGCUGGAUUCAAAAACCAUCCAGGAAGUGAGUAAGUUCAACAAUCUGGAACAUCUACCGUCUCCCUUUACAAGACUGAAGUAUCUGAAUGUGCAAUCCAGCAGCAUACCUUACAAAGUGGCCACUUACUUUCUUAAAGGAUCACCAGAUACAGAGCCAAAUAUUGAGUUCUUACCAAAUGGUGUUUCCCCCUGGAAGCGCUGUACGGACCUGAAGAUGGUGUUGAAGUCGUUUCCAGGGAGAUCGUCGAGGAACACCUGGAAUUCUGCAGAUUUACGGCUUAGCUCCCCGCUGAGCUUUGCAACGGCUUUGAUCAGCUCCGAUACGGCCAGGAGAGCGUUGGGCCCUGACGAGCAGCCCAAAUCUGCUAUGGCUAGGCUCCUUGGGAGGACAUCUCGGCGCGGUAGAGGUGAUCAAUUGAACAUUAUCGUAACUCACGGGGAACGGCGGAGGGGUAGUCUCUCGCCACUGGAGCUAUCAUCGAAAACAGUCAUGAAAAUUAACAGCAACAGCUGCAAGUUGGGAAGAGCGGUAAAAAGGCGCCGUGCAGAAGAAGAUACUCUAACUGGUAUCGACAGGUUAAGCCAUCUUCCAGACUUCAUUAUCCAUCACAUCCUUUCAUUUCUCGACACCAAAUUCUCUGUUCAAACCUCUGUAUUGUCCCGAUCGUGGCGAUGGGCUUGGAAAGAAGUCACUGUGCUCGAUUUCAACAGCGAUCAGUUCGGACGAUGUUUAAGUUUCAGAAGGUUUGUGGGCAAGGUUUUAUCCCUCCGCUAUCCCGUAAGUGUUCGAAGGGUGACUUACAUUGACAAGAAUUCAUUAGAAACUGUCAAGUGGAAACUGAAAGUUGGUCUGUUUGUCAAGGCCAUCAAAUACGCAUUGUCCCAUCAUGCCCAACAUCUGGUGAUCGACCCGGGAAAUGUUCUGUUCAUGGAUGAAAGAUACAGAUUCUCUGAUUUGUUUGGCAUAAUCUUGAAUUGCGACAUCAAAACUCUAGAACUGAGGAGAGUCUGCAUUGAUUGCGGAUUCGGAUGUUCUGGUUUUACUAUGCUGACAACUUUGAUUCUGAGAGAAUGCUUCCUGGUUCCCGAUAAUUAG